AUGUCCUUGGCUUUUGCAAACAUCCGUCUCGGCCUCCUCGCCAAGACCGUCCAGGCGUCUCGAGCCUUCGAGCGCUCCAUCCCUGCCUUGUAUCUCGGGGGAUCAAGACUGUACACCAACGCCACCUCCCCGACCCCCAAGGAAAUUGUGGUCGAGAAGGUCGCCAACCUGGAGCCCGAGGAUCACCCAUGGCUCUCGCAGAUGCCCGCAGCUCCCAAGUCUCUUCUCCCCCACGAGCGCGUGCUGACCUUGGUUGUUGCCAACGCGGGCGCUGGCAAGCUGAAAGACGUAGCUCGCGACUGGAAGUACGUGCCCAAGUCCUGCCACCCCGCUGGGAUGGAGGCGAUCCUUCAGUUGAACUGCCUCGUUGGCUUCCCCAAGACCAUCAAUGCCUUCGCAGCUGUGCAGAAAGUCGGCGUCGAGCGCACGCCCGAGUGGCAGGAAGAGCACAGCAAUGAGGGCAACUACUUUGCCGUCAGAGGUGAUGCUGCAUGCGAGGGUGGGAGCCCGGGAGGAGCGUUUGCUGAGAGAGGGUGCACAGGGGAUGAGGCGUGCUCGAUGAUCUACGGCGAGAAGUACCAGAAGCUGAGGGCCCGCAUGGCCUAUCUUCAUCCCCUCCUGGACCGGUUCAUGGUCGAGCAUGCCUACGGCCGUGUGAUUGGGCGCGCUGGAUGCCUUCCUCUGAGGAUGAGAGAGCUUUGCGUGGUGUCUGUGCUCUCCGGCCAAGACGUUCCCAUGCAGCUCGCGUCGCAUGUGCAGGGAGCGCUGAACGUCGGCGCUACGCAGGAGGAAGUGCUUGCGGUGCUCGAGAACUCCAAGCUCAUCUGGGGCGAGCAAACCUACAAGCAGGCCAUCGAGGUUGCCAAGACCGUCUUCAACCAGGCCCCCAAAUAGAGGCGCUGCCACUCGCCAGUCACGAGUCAAGGCUCGAGUGCCUGGGUGUACCAUGACCUAGACAAGUCUAUCCGUGUAACUUUAGACCUCAUGUAAAUAAACC